UGAUGAUCGGACACGCUGAUUUCAUUGUCUGAGAAGGCAGUGGAGACCCAGGAAAAAUCUCGCUGAAUCUGCCUGCCCCAACAGUGGCCUAAUCUGGGAUCCUUCCCGUGACCGCACCACGCCCGAGAUGAAUCUACGUUCUGUAUUUACUGUAGAACAACAAAGGAUUUUACAGCGUUAUUAUGAAAAUGGAAUGACAAAUCAAAGUAAAAAUUGCUUUCAGCUCAUAUUACAGUGUGCACAGGAGACUAAACUGGACUUCAGUGUAGUCAGGACGUGGGUUGGCAAUAAGAGAAGAAAAAUGAGCAGUAAAAAUUCUGAAUCAGGAGCAGCAACAACAGGAACUGUUUCUGGUACCUCUUUGGCAGCUCCAGACAUUACUGUCAGAAAUGUGGUUAAUAUUGCUCGACCCUCAAGCCAACAGUCUUCUUGGACAUCUGCCAACAACGAUGUCGUUGUAACUGGUAUAUACUGUCCAGCCAGUUCGUCAAGUAGACAAGGGACAACCAAACAUGCAAAUACACAAAUUACAGAAGCACAUAAAAUCCCUAUUCAGAAAACGGCCAGUAAAAAUAAUACUGAGUUUCAGUUGCACAUUCCUGUUCAAAGACAAGUAGCACACUGUAAAAACGCCUCUCUGCUCUUAGGUGAAAAAACAAUUAUUUUGUCAAGACAGACAAGUGUGCUAAAUGCUGGGAACUCAGUUUAUAAUCACACAAAGAAAAACUAUAGGAGCUCUCCAAUGCAAGCCUCUGAGACGACGGUACCUCAAAAGACGUCUGUGUGCCACCGACCUUGCAAAAUUGAACCAGUUGGAAUUCAAAGGCCCUAUAAGCCUGAACACACGGGUCUAACAUCACAUAACUUAUGUGGGCAAAAGACACCUAUUAGAGAUCCUUAUUGUAGAACACAAAACUUGGAAAUCCGUGAAGUAUUUUCAUUAGCAGUUAGUAGUGAUUACCCCCAGAGAAUUCUGGAAGAAAAUACCCGACAGAAGCCUAGUUCAGCAGAAGGAACUUGUUUUUCCAUUGCAAUGGAAACUGGAGAUGCUGAUGAUGAGUAUGCCAGAGAGGAAGAGUUAGCAUUGAUGGGAGCACAGAUUCCAAGGUACUCAAGAUUUUAUGAAAGUUGCAGUUCCCUUCGAGCUGAGAACCAAAGUACAGCUUUGCCAGGACCAGGAAGAAAUGUGCCAAAUUCACAAAUGGUGAAUAUUAGAGAUUUGUCAGACAAUGUACUGUAUCAAAACAGAGACUACCAUUUGACACCACGGACCUCAUUACAUGCAGCGUCUACUACAAUGUACAGUAAUACAAAUCCAUCACGCAGUAAUUUUUCUUCACAUUUUGCAUCAUCAAACCAAUUGAAGUUAUCACAAAACCAAAACAAUUACCAGAUUUCAGGAAACCUUACUGUGCCUUGGAUUACAGGGUGUUCUAGAAAAAGAGCACUACAAGAUCGCACUCAGUUCAGUGACCGAGACUUAGCCACCCUUAAAAAGUACUGGGACAAUGGCAUGACCAGCCUUGGCUCUGUCUGUAGAGAGAAAAUUGAAGCAGUUGCAACUGAAUUAAAUGUUGACUGUGAAAUCGUUCGGACUUGGAUUGGGAAUCGAAGAAGGAAAUAUCGUUUAAUGGGGAUUGAAGUUCCACCUCCAAGGGGAGGCCCUGCUGAUUUUUCUGAGCAGCCAGAGUCUGCAUCUUUGUCUGCACUCACACCAGGAGAGGAAGCUGGUCCUGAAGCAGGAGAAGAUAAUGACAGAAAUGAUGAAGUAUCCAUCUGUUUGUCUGAAGGAAGCUCUCAAGAAGAGUCCAGUGAAGUGGUUCCAAAUGAAGCAAGCACUCAUAAGGAGGAGGACCACCAUGCAGUACCCACAGAUAAUGUGAAAAUAGAAAUUAUUGAUGAUGAAGAAAGUGACAUGAUAAGUAAUUCUGAAGUAGAACAAGUGAAUUCUCUCUUGGAUUAUAAGAAUGAAGAAGUCAGAUUCAUUGAAAACGAGCUGGAAAUUCAAAAGCAAAAAUACUUUAAACUUCAGGCGUUUGUUAGAAGCUUGAUACUAGCUAUGAAAGCUGACAAUAAGGAACAACAGCAGGCACUGCUGUCAGAUUUACCUCCUGAACUAGAAGAGAUGGAUUUCAAUCAUGCCUCGCCGGAGCCUGAUGAUACCUCAUUCAGUGUGUCUUCUUUAUCAGAGAAAAAUGCCUCAGACAGUUUGUGAUGGGGGGGGCGGUAUAUGAUACAGCCUAUUGGCUGCCUAACAGUUCUUACAUUUCAUGAAACAGGAAGUCAAGGUAAGCCAUUAAGAUUUUUCUAAAUCUAGUCACUCAGCUUUGCCACAAAAUUUACCUCAUUUCCAUGUGAGGCUUGUACAGAGCCAUCAGCCAAGGAUAAUAUCCAAAAAGAAUUAUACUACUUUGGUUAUAAAUCACUCUCCUCUGGAUUUCCUGGAUACUAUUCUAUGAGUACUCUCCUAAAAUGUGCAUGCUACCCAGUUAUUCUAUUAGCAGAUACCAAGUGGCAACACACUGUAGACAGUUCUUUGCAGACCUUCCCUUCCAGGGUACCAGAUGGCAUUAUUACCAAGAUCUAUAGAAAGAAAAAUGCCAGUUGCUACCUGAACAGACAGUGUCAUAUAUUUGUGAGUUGGCAGUGUGGAAUUGUGUCGCAUGGUUAAAUUACUAUCUAUAUAUAAAAGAUUAAUGAAGUAGCUUAGAUGGCUUUUUUGGCCAUCAAGUUUCUGUCAGAUAUUUAAGUAAUUUGUAAGUUAAACCAAUUUUUUUCUUGGCAUUCACAAAUACCAAUUUAGGAAUGCAGAAAAGCAGUCAUGAAUGUCUUUGCCCUUGAAAUGUCCCUCCCCCCAUGCACAAAUAGGUAAGGUUCAUUGAUAAUCCUUCAUUUUGUCAGCUAUUUGUUUCAUUUAAUAUUGCUGCCAUCCUACUUCUAUGGUUCUUUUAUUAACAGAAAUAUUUCAGUUGUUAGAUAUGCUCCCUUUUAGCUGACAGCCAUAUGGUUCAUUGCAAACAAUGUUUAAUACUCCUUGCUGACACGUCAAAUUCCAUUCAGAGAGUAGACUGCUGAGUAACAGAACCUCAGAUAUUAAGAUUAAAUUUAUUAGUCACAUCAAUUCUUCCAUGAGAUAAUGAGUCCUUACUAUAUACAGCAAAUAUAGGUAACAUGAACAAAUUCCAGGCUUUCAAGUCUCUCCUGAGAUCUCCAUCCUCGUCACUGAGUUUAUCUUUAAACUCCAAUUUCUUCUGCUUCAGUUUAAACCCCUUCUUAGUUGGUUCUUGUUACAAAGUAAGGAUAGACGAUUCUCUCCUACAUCUUUCAACUCUAUGGAUUUUAUUUGUCACACCUGAGCUAAAUUAAAUUAUAUUCAUUGACCUCCUGCUGUAUGGACAUUGGAUUUUGAUUCUUCAGCAAGCCAUAAACUUCAAAACAAAUUAUAUUUUUUUCUUUUUUUCAGGGAUAUUAAUAAAAAUUGUUUAAUUAAAAAGUUUAAUAGACUUAAGGAUUCUGCUAGGUGUGAUUCCUAGAAGGUAUCCUAGUGUACAAUUUUGAAAGAAAGCACAGAUGAUUUCCCUGUCCCUGUUUAAAGUUCUGUUAAAAUACAAACUACAUAAAUCAUAACAGUACACUUAAGAAUUUUUGUCUUGGCAUUUGUGUUUCAGCACCAGAAUUAUUUAUUUUACUGUCAUGGGACUUAAAACAUUUCUAAAAUGAAAUGUGCUUGUUCUAUAGCAGGAACCAAAGCAAAUAGCUGUAUCCAGAAUGAAAAGUCAUAAUUGGAAGAAUGAAAAAGAGGUCAAGGUUAAGUAUUUUAUAAAUCUAUCAUGAAAAAAUAUAUAUAUUUUCACACAUAUAGAUUAGAAUUGAUUUUGAGACAUUUUAAAGCAGGAAAAAUAUCAGUUUAUGAAUCCUUUUGUGAACAUCUUCAUGAAUGGGGAGAAAAACCACUAGUGUUUUUUUCUAUAGGGCUUUGACGCAAUAGUAAAGCAGACCACACUAUCUGAACUAGGUCUCACAAAGACAGAUGCCAAUGUGAAAAACCUUUUUUUUUCUCUUGACUAUGCUUCAAUGUCUGUUUUCAGCUUAGGAUAGCCAACCAGUUUCUAAGCAGAAAAUGUGUAUCUAAGAGCAUUUACCUUCCCAAAUACAUAUUAAAAUACAAAACAAAUAAGAAACUGAAGGUACCUUCCUAAUUUCAGCCAAGCUAAAAUUAUUCAAGAGAAAAUGAGAACUGCAGUUAUCCUGGAGAAUAGGAAAAUUAACACAUGCAAGGAAAACUUAAAAAAAAAAUUGCCUAUUCAUGGAACCUGGGCAUGUUUUGUUGUAAGGUCAGUUAUAGCAGCAGGACUUUGUCCUACCAUUGCAAUCAUGUGAUAGAAAUGUUUGUUAUCGUUGGAGAAGAAAAGGCUGCAGCCCAAUUGCAUCCUGUGCUCUGUAUAUUACCAAGACUUCAAAAGGUGUCCUAGAGGCCACUUUUCCAAAGACAGCAACAUCUAUUUUAUGGCACUUUCAUGGUCAGCAAUCUGUACAUUUGUAGGCGAAGACAUAAGUUGUGUAUUUAAAGGAAUUCUAGAGUCUAAGAUUGACUUUAUUGCCCUUUCUGGGGGGAGAGGGCAUUUAGCCCCUUUCCAAGGAAUAGUUUCCUCAUCUUAGCCUGAUAGCUUAUGAUCAUUUUUAAGAGACAUUCUGAAAACUUUUACUGCUGUCCU